AUGGAUUAUUUAUAUUAUUUUUGUGUUCUUAUCAUUGGUUGUUCACUUUUUUAUAUUUUAGAUCAUUUAAAUAACAAUGACACCAACAACACAAAUACCAACACCACAAACACAAACACAAACACAAACACAAACACAAACACAAACAACAACAUCAACACCUACACCAACAACAUCAUUUCUGCUCGUUUGUUCAUCCAACAAUACCAAGAAUUUUUAAGAAAUCAACAAGAGCAAGAUGAAAUGUAUAAAAGACAACAAAAUCAGGAGAAAGCUUUCUUACAACAAGAGAAAAAGAGAAAGCAAGAAGAAUUACAAAAAAAACAAGAGUCUAGACAACAACACGAGUUUAUAGACCAAAUGGAGCUCCUUAGAAGACAAUCACACCAACAACAUCAACAUCAACAACAACAACCCACUCCAACUCCACAACCAACCCCAACUCCACCAAAACCAAAACCAAAACACUCUGCAUCAACCCCUGGUAUUAGAUUACUAUUUCAAAGAAUGCAGGAAUUCGAACAACAACAACAAGAAGAAGAAGACCAACAACCACCACAACCACCACAACCAACAUCAAAACCAACUACAAAAACAAAAUCAAGAUCAAGAGAAAGAUCAAAACAUACCCCACGUCCAUUACCAACACCAAUACCAAAGUCAAAACCAAGACCAACACCUCAUUCAACACCCAAACACAAAUAA